CACGUGAUCUGUCGGUUCCUGGGCCAAAGGAAAAUGGCAGCCGGGUGUGGUGGUGAGGGUGACGCUCCGAAAGCGGCGCUGUCGGUGCGUCCUGCCCUCUGACAGGGUCUGAAGUGGGCCAGUUCUGCCGAGCCAAGGGCGCGGUCCUUGGCCUUGACACGGUGAAAUAAAGUUAUCUGUAGAGUCCUGUGAAGAUGUCAGUUCUGAUAUCACAGAGUGUAAUAAAUUAUGUGGAAGAAGAAAAUAUUCCUGCUUUGAAAGCUCUUCUUGAAAAAUGCAAAGAUGUAGAUGAAAGAAAUGAGUGUGGCCAGACUCCACUGAUGAUAGCUGCUGAACAAGGCAACCUGGAAAUAGUGAAAGAGCUUAUUAAGAAUGGAGCCAACUGCAAUCUGGAAGAUCUGGAUAACUGGACAGCACUUAUAUCUGCGUCUAAAGAAGGGCAUGUUCACAUCGUGGAGGAGCUACUUAAAUGUGAGGUUAAUUUGGAGCAUCGGGACAUGGGAGGAUGGACAGCUCUCAUGUGGGCAUGCUAUAAAGGCCGGACUGAUGUAGUAGAGUUGCUUCUUUCUCAUGGUGCCAAUCCAAGUGUCACUGGUCUGCAGUACAGUGUUUACCCAAUCAUUUGGGCAGCAGGGAGGGGCCAUGCGGAUAUAGUGCAUAUUCUACUACAAAAUGGUGCUAAAGUCAAUUGCUCUGACAAGUAUGGAACCACCCCUUUGGUGUGGGCUGCCCGAAAGGGUCAUUUGGAAUGUGUGAAACAUUUAUUGACCAUGGGAGCUGAUGUUGAUCAAGAAGGAGCUAAUUCAAUGACUGCACUCAUUGUGGCAGUAAAAGGAGGCUAUACACAGUCAGUAAAAGAGAUUUUGAAGAGGAAUCCAAAUGUAAACUUAACCGAUAAGGAUGGAAAUACAGCUUUGAUGAUUGCGUCAAAGGAGGGGCAUACAGAAAUUGUACAGGAUCUACUGGACGCUGGAACAUAUGUGAACAUACCUGACAGGAGUGGGGAUACUGUACUGAUUGGUGCUGUUAGAGGUGGUCAUGUAGAAAUUGUUCGAGCACUUCUCCAAAAAUAUGCUGAUAUAGACAUUAGAGGACAGGACAACAAAACUGCUUUGUAUUGGGCUGUUGAAAAGGGAAAUGCAACAAUGGUGAGAGAUAUCCUGCAGUGCAACCCUGAUACUGAAAUAUGCACAAAGGAUGGUGAAACACCACUAAUAAAGGCCACCAAGAUGAGAAAUAUUGAAGUAGUGGAGCUGCUGCUGGAUAAAGGAGCCAAGGUGUCAGCGGUGGACAAGAAAGGAGACACUCCCCUACAUAUUGCCAUUCGAGGAAGGAGCCGGAAACUGGCAGAACUUCUUUUAAGAAACCCUAAAGAUGGACGGUUACUUUAUAGGCCCAACAAAGCAGGCGAGACUCCUUACAACAUCGACUGCAGUCAUCAGAAAAGCAUUUUAACUCAAAUAUUUGGAGCCAGACACUUGUCUCCUACUGAAACAGAUGGUGACAUGCUUGGUUAUGAUUUAUAUAGCAGCGCCCUGGCAGAUAUCCUCAGUGAGCCUACCAUGCAGCCACCCAUUUGUGUGGGGUUAUAUGCACAAUGGGGAAGUGGGAAAUCUUUCUUACUCAAGAAACUAGAAGAUGAAAUGAAGACUUUUGCAGGACAGCAGAUUGAACCACUUUUCCAGUUUUCCUGGCUUAUAGUUUUUCUUACCCUGCUGCUCUGUGGAGGGGUUGGCUUAUUGUUUGCUUUUACAGUUGAUGCAAAUCUGGGUAUAGCAGUAUCACUGAGUUUCCUGGCACUCUUAUAUAUAUUCUUUAUUGUCAUUUACUUUGGUGGACGAAGGGAAGGAGAGAGUUGGAAUUGGGCCUGGGUUCUCAGUACCAGACUGGCAAGACAUAUUGGAUAUUUGGAACUCCUCUUCAAAUUGAUGUUUGUGAACCCACCAGAAUUGCCAGAGCAAACUACAAAAGCUUUGCCUGUGAGGUUUUUGUUUACAGAUUACAAUAGGCUGUCCAGUGUAGGUGGAGAAACUUCCUUGGCUGAAAUGAUUGCCACCCUCUCGGAUGCUUGUGAGAGAGAAUUUGGCUUUUUGGCUACCAGGCUUUUUCGAGUAUUUAAGACUGAAGAUACUCAGGGCAAAAAGAAAUGGAAAAAAACAUGUUGUCUCCCAUCUUUUAUCAUCUUUCUUUUUAUUUUGGGCUGCAUUAUUGCUGGAAUUACUCUUUUGGCUAUAUUCAGAGUUGACCCAAAACACCUGACAGUGAAUGCUGUUCUCAUAGCAAUUGCAUCUAUAGUGGGGUUGGCCUUUGUGCUCAACUGCCGUACAUGGUGGCAAGUGCUGGACUCUCUCCUGAAUUCUCAGAGAAAACGUCUUCAUAAUGCUGCCUCCAAGAUGCACAAAUUGAAAAGUGAAGGAUUCAUGAAAGUCCUGAAGUGUGAAGUGGAAUUGAUGGCCAAGAUGGCAAAAACCAUUGACAGCUUCACUCAGAAUCAGACAAGGCUGGUGGUUAUCAUUGAUGGGUUAGAUGCCUGUGAGCAAGACAAAGUCCUUCAGAUGCUAGAUACAGUCAGAGUUCUGUUUUCAAAAGGCCCUUUUAUUGCCAUUUUUGCAAGUGAUCCACAUAUUAUCAUAAAAGCCAUCAACCAGAACCUCAAUAGUGUGCUUCGGGAUUCCAAUAUAAAUGGACAUGACUACAUGCGCAAUAUAGUUCAUUUGCCUGUUUUCCUUAAUAGUCGUGGACUUAGCAAUGCAAGAAAAUUUCUUGUAACUUCAACAACAAAUGGGGACAUUUCAUGCUCGGAUACCACAGGAAUACAGGAGGAUGCUGACAGAAGAGUUUCACAAAACAGUCUUGGAGAAAUGACAAAACUUGGUAGCAAGACAGCCCUCAAUAGACGGGAUACUUACCGCAGAAGACAGAUGCAGAGGACAAUCACUCGUCAGAUGUCCUUUGAUCUCACAAAGCUGCUGGUUACUGAAGACUGGUUCAGUGACAUCAGCCCUCAGACCAUGAGGCGAUUACUUAAUAUUGUUUCUGUAACAGGGCGAUUACUAAGGGCUAAUCAGAUUAGUUUCAACUGGGACAGACUUGCCAGCUGGAUCAACCUUACUGAGCAGUGGCCGUACCGGACUUCAUGGCUCAUAUUGUAUUUGGAAGAGACUGAAGGUGUUCCAGAUCAAAUGACAUUAAAAACCAUUUAUGAAAGAAUAUCAAAGAAUAUUCCUACAACAAAAGAUGUUGAGCCACUGCUUGAAAUUGAUGGAGAUAUAAGAAAUUUUGAAGUGUUUUUGUCUUCAAGGACUCCAGUUCUUAUGGCUCGAGAUGUAAAGACUUUUUUGCCAUGCACUGUAAACCUAGAUCCCAAGCUACGAGAGAUUAUUGCAGAUGUUCGUGCUGCAAGAGAGCAGAUCAAUAUAGGAGGCCUUGCGUAUCCUCCACUCCCUCUGCAUGAAGCUCCUCCUCGGCCACCCUCUGGAUACAGUCAGCCUGCAUCCAUCUGCUCCUCCUCAACAUCCUUCAACGGGCCAUUCCCAGGUGGGGUUGUGUCACCACAGCCCCACAGCAGCUAUUACAGUGGCAUGACUGGCCCUCAGCAUCCCUUCUACAACAGGCCAUUCUUUGCCCCAUACCUUUACACGCCAAGGUAUUACCCUGGCGGUUCCCACCAUCUCAUCUCACGUUCAUCAGUAAAAACGAGUUUGCCCAGAGAUCAGAACAAUGACCUAGAAGUUAUCAAGGAGGAUGCUGCUGAGGGGCUUCCUUCACCCACAGACUCCUCAAGGGAGAAGAAUUUGACAAGAAAGUUGCAGAUGCCAUGGCCGGGUGACUCUGGGUUUAACAAACAGAGACAGGGAUCAGGCCCUGCCACAGGAAUGGUGCUGUCGCUGAAUUCAAUGACUGUGGAUGCCGUGUGUGAGAAACUGAGACACAUAGAAGGGCUGGACCAGAGCAUGCUGCCUCAGUACUGUGCAACAAUAAAAAAGGCCAACAUAAAUGGCCGGGUAUUGGCUCAGUGUAAUAUUGAUGAACUGAAGAAAGAAAUGAAUAUGAAUUUUGGAGACUGGCAUCUUUUCAGAAGCACAGUAUUAGAAAUGAGAAGUGCAGAAAACCAGGUGGUCCCUGAAGACCCACGUUUUCUUAAUGAAAACUCCAGUGCCCCAGUUCCGCAUGGUGAAUCUGCUCGUCGCUCUUCCCACAAUGAAUUGCCUCACACUGAACUUUCCAAUCAAACUCCCUAUACAUUGAACUUCAGCUUUGAAGAACUGAACACACUUGGCCUAGAUGAAGGCGCCCCACGUCACAGUAAUCUAAGUUGGCAGUCACAAACUCGCAGAACCCCAAGUCUCUCGAGUCUCAAUUCCCAGGAUUCCAGUAUUGAAAUUUCAAAGCUUACUGAUAAGGUGCAGGCUGAAUAUAGAGAUGCUUAUAGAGAAUAUAUUGCGCAGAUGUCCCAGUUAGAAGGGGGCACAGGGUCAGCAACAAUCAGUGGCAGAUCUUCUCCACAUAGCACAUACUACAUAGGUCAGAGUUCAUCAGGGGGCUCUAUUCAUUCUAAUCUAGAACAAGAAAAGGGGAAGGAGAGUGAGCCAAAGCAGGAUGAUGGGAGGAAGUCUUUCUUAAUGAAGAGGGGGGAUGUCAUAGAUUACUCCUCAUCUGGGGUGUCCACUAAUGACGCCUCACCCCUGGACCCUAUUACUGAAGAAGAUGAAAAAUCUGACCAGUCAGGUAGUAAGCUGCUCCCAGGCAAGAAAUCCUCAGAAAGGUCCAGUCUCUUCCAGACAGAUUUAAAGCUUAAGGGAGGUGGUCUGCGCUAUCAGAAACUUCCAAGUGAUGAAGAUGAAUCUGGUACAGAAGAAUCAGAUAAUACUCCACUGCUCAAAGAUGAUAAGGAUAAAAAGGCUGAAAGCAAAGCAGAGAGAAUAUCAAAGUCUCCAGAGCAUAGUGCUGAGCCAAUCAGGACAUUCAUUAAAGCAAAGGAGUAUUUAUCGGAUGCCCUCCUUGACAAAAAAGACUCCUCAGAUUCAGGAGUGAGAUCCAAUGAGAGUUCUCCCAAUCACUCUCUUCACAAUGAAGCAGCUGAUGACUCCCAACUUGAAAAGGCAAAUCUCAUAGAGCUUGAAGAUGACAGCCACAGUGGGAAGCGGGGAAUACCACACAGCCUGAGUGGCCUGCAAGAUCCAGUUGUAGCUCGAAUGUCCAUUUGCUCAGAAGAUAAGAAAAGCCCUUCUGAAUGCAGCCUGAUAGCAAGCAGCCCUGAAGAAAGCUGGCCUGCAUGCCAGAAGGCCUACAAUCUGAACCGAACACCCAGCACUGUGACUCUGAACAACAACAGCACACCAGCCAAUAGAGCCAAUCAAAACUUUGAUGACAUGGAGGGGAUCAGGGAAACCUCUCAGGUCAUUUUGAGGCCUGGGUCCAGUCCCAACCCAACUGCUAUUCAGAAUGAAAAUCUAAAGAGUGUGGUGCACAAGCGAAGUCAGCGUUCAAGUUACACAAGGCUUUCAAAAGAUGCUUCAGAGCUGCACACAGCCUCUUCUGACAGCACAGGCUUUGGAGAGGAGAGAGAAAGCAUUCUUUAGGGAAACCAAAUAGAAGUAGAAUUGCAUUGUUCUACCCUUAGGACAAGAUUGUCAUGAAUUUUGAAUUUUUCCAUCACAGUUAUUCAUCAUAUUCACACAUCACAAAUAAUUUAUAGAUGAUCAGGCCUUUGGUGAAAAAGACUUCUUCUGUCAUAUAGAGGAAAGCCAAAGAAACGAUGGUUCACCAGUUGCCACCAUUGUUGCCUUUGUCACAAUUUAGUCUUACUAACACUGUUACCCCUUUCACUGGCUCAUAACUCCACAGACUUUUAUGAGAAAUAAUCAGGGUAUAAAAUUAGGUCAGAAGAAAUGUUUAUUUAGAGUUUAAAGGUCUUAACUCACGAAGAAAAAAAUCCUAGAGAUCCCCUUUAUAGACCAUUUAUGAACCAUUUGAGGGAAGGCAGAAGCAAAUUUUGCUGGUAAACUAUUCAGAUAAGAAUUUUCUAGGUUUUGGAGUAUCCCAGAGACUAAAAGAGAAUGCUUAGUAAAUGGAUAGUCAGAGACACAUUGCUUAUUAAAGUGGUUUUAAAAUUUAAGUAGAAAAUAUAUACUGAAUAGGGUGAUAGAAAUUGGUAAGAAAGUGAGUCAGCAGGAUCCAAAGUGCUAUGUGUGCCUGGGCGUCACAAGUUGAUAGCAGAGUUGGUAGAAGAGGGCAGAAUAUACCAGGAUGCUCUCUCUAGACCCAGCCCUGGCUUCUAACACCAUCCACCUCUGCCCCAGAAACCACCUUAGUCUAUUCUGCAACUCUUAAAGUAUGCAUCUAACUUAGCUUAGCCAAGAGAGGAGAAAAAUGUGAAUUCCUUUUUUUAAAAAAUGGUGCUGGGGUUCAAACCCAGGACCUGAAAAAUGCUGGGUAAAGUCCUCUAUCACCUAGCUACAUCCCCAGCCCCAAACAUGUGUUCUUUCUUGGGAGAAUCAGGAACAUAUGGGCACUAAGAGGCACUAGUAAAUGUGUACUGAGUGAAUACAUGAGGAAGUUAUUACAUCAAAAGGGUUAGUGGCACCAGAAAAUGGCAAGAAAAAUUAAUUAGGCAGAAUUAAAUUACUGCUUUCUGUACCAGAGCAGUUUAUCUAGUGCGUCUGUUCCUGAAUCAGCACCUUAAUCCUGGGGAGAAAUAAUUUAAAAAAGAAAUACUGUUUUUAAAAAAGUUUAAAAGCAUGUAACAAAGCAAGAGUGAAGAAAAGAGCUAGCUGGUGUAACUGUGACACUACCAUUUCCAUUUUUAGCCAUUAGAAGAAUGGCCGUGUGCAUUUAGGUAUCAUGUAGACUAGAGAUGUGCCUGCCAUCCAUCAUGCAUUGGAAUGUCGUGUUAACAUAGCUUGUGUAUGCAGAGUUAGUUCUGGCAGUAUAUCCUAAGUCACAGGUAGGAUUUGUAGGUGGUGAGGUCAUAGAGUUAGUGUCAUGCUUUGAUGUUUGUCAUUGAAUAGAUCUGUAUUAAUAUGCUGCUUAUUUACCUGACGUUACAGUAGUAGCUGCUCUGUGUUUCACUGCCUUGAUAUUUGGGUGUAAUCAAGCAUUUUCAUAAAGUGCAUAUUUUGCAUGGUCUUUAACAAGUGUUUUAGCUGUUACUGACAUAUCUUGAAGUGUUCACAUGCUACUGUUGAUAGUGUUUAUCACUUUGCAAUAUCAUGUAAUUAGCAAAUAUUUCUGAGGCAGUUUUUUCCUUUCAGGUGAGUAGUUGCAGCUUACAAUCACGGGAGAAUGUUAUUUAUACUGUUUGUGCCAUUAAUCCUGGAGUACCAAGUGUACAAGUAGAUUUAGAAAACAAUAAAAAGUUGCAUGCUA